AUGGACAAUAAUAACCAAGAAAUGGAGGAAGAGGAAAUGGCAAUACAGGAAGCAGAUGAAAAAAAUAUGCAAGUGAAUGCGAAAUAUACCAAAAUUUGCUACGCACAACAAUGUUGUUUUCGGAUGAUAUUUUUAAUAUCAAUAUGUAGUUUUAUUUCACUUGGCUUCUGUCUAGCCAGUAUAGAGAUUCCAAGCGCUAUAGAUAAAAUCUUUAUAGCUUUUUUGAGCGGUUUAGUUGGUAGUAUACUCUUGAAACGGGUUUUUUUAACAAACACUCGAACUGAUAGAACAUCUUCUAUUGAUUAUAUUUUAUCUUCUCAAGAAGUAAAGGAAAGAAUCAUUGAAAUGUAUGCUUUUGAAGCACACGAUUAUAGUUACGAAUUCAUUUUGAAAGAUGUUAAUAAACAUCUUCCUUUGAAUUCAAGGCAAUCCUAA